UAAAAACUUUAGCGUAGUUUUCGCCAAUAUGGCUUCGUUUGAUUUCUAAUAAUCAAACAUCAGUGCGAUUUGCUUGUGGAAAAGUGCCAAACUUUUUGUGGGAAAAUGGAUGAUGGCAAGAGAGAUGAGUCCGUAUAUGAGAGAUCAAGUGCCGCAAUGGAUGCUGAUAGCUUGAUCGAGACCAAUUGGAAUGAAGUUGUGGACAAUUUUGACGAUAUGAAUUUGCGAGAAGAACUCCUCCGUGGGAUCUACAGCUAUGGCUUUGAGAAACCAUCUGCAAUCCAGCAGAGGGCUAUUCUACCAUGCAUCAAGGGACACGAUGUUAUUGCCCAGGCCCAGUCUGGUACUGGAAAGACAGCAACAUUCUCAAUUGCAAUUCUACAGCAAAUUAAUACACAAAACCGCGAGUGCCAGGCACUGAUUUUGGCUCCAACACGCGAAUUGGCAUCGCAAAUCCAGAAGGUGGUGAUUGCCCUGGGGGACUACAUGCAGGCACAAUGCCAUGCCUGCAUUGGGGGUACAAAUGUACGUGAUGAUAUGCGGAAGUUGGAGAGUGGAUCGCACGUUGUGGUUGGGACACCUGGGAGGGUGUUUGACAUGAUUUCACGUCAGGUAUUGCGUACGAAGUCGAUUAAGUUGUUCGUACUGGAUGAGGCGGAUGAGAUGCUGUCGCGGGGGUUUAAGGAUCAAAUUCAAGAUGUCUUUCGCACACUACCGAAUGAUGUUCAGGUCAUCCUGCUGUCCGCUACAAUGCCCAAUGAUGUGCUCGAAGUGAGCAAGUACUUUAUGCGUGAUCCCGUGAGGAUUUUGGUGAAGAAGGAAGAACUCACGUUGGAGGGUAUUAAGCAGUUUUAUGUGUAUGUGCAACUGGAGGAAUGGAAGUUGGGCACAUUGUGCGAUCUUUACAACACUCUGUCCAUCACACAGUCCGUCAUCUUUUGCAAUACACGACGCAAGGUGGACUACUUGACGGAUGAGAUGAUCAAGAGGACGUUCACGGUGUCCGCAAUGCACGGGGAUAUGGACAUGAGGGAGCGUGAGCUCAUUAUGAAGCAGUUCCGUACGGGAUCGUCGCGUGUUCUCAUCACAACGGAUCUCCUGUCGAGGGGGAUCGAUGUGCAGCAGGUGUCGUUAGUUAUUAAUUAUGACUUACCAUCCAAUCGUGAAAAUUACAUUCAUCGAAUUGGACGCAGUGGCCGUUUUGGGCGCAAAGGCGUUGCAAUUAAUUUUAUUGUUGAAGACGAUAAGCGAACACUUCGCGACAUCGAACAAUUUUACAACACCACCAUUGAGGAGAUGCCAUCAAAUGUGGCGGAUUUAAUUUAAAAAACAAAAUGAUAACAAAAUAUUUUAUCAUCACCUUAUUUUUUUGUUUUAUCAAGAAUUAAAUUAGAAGAAGAAGAAAUAAAUCCUUCUAAAGAAUUCAGAGAUAAUUCAGAGAUUAUUAAAAGAGCUUUUUUUGGUAGAAUUUUCUUUGCUGCAAAGUUCUUUCUCAUUUUUCUUUAAUUUUAAACAAAAAAAAGAAGAAAAUAUUCACGUCGCUCCAGUUUUGUUUUCUUUGUCAUUAUUUUAUAAGAAAAAAACUCCAAAAUGUAUGAAAUUUUGUCAAUGUGUUCUCUUUUGUAUUAAUUUUACGGACACUGCAAAAGAAAUUAACGCAGAAUAAGAACUUCUUGCACACUCAGAAAUAAAAAAAAAAUAUAUGGAAUGUAAUUUUGAAUAAUAACUGAUGAAAUAAGUAAAUUGAAAAAAUAAAAAUUGAAUGAUUUUCAUUUUUUCUUUUGUAUUUUCCAUAAAAAACAAAAUCAUAAGAAAAAAUUCAUGUAGAUUCAAACUUAUAAUGAGAGAAAAAUAUCUUUUAAAACUAAUCUUGAGGGCAUUAAAAACAUUUUAAAAUUUCAUGUGAAAA